AUGAAUGGCCAGAACCUACUUCAUGUUGCUGCUUCAGCCCGUGAAGGAAACAUUGUCGGGUUCAUGAUAGACCGUUAUCGUGAGGCGGAAAAGCUCAAUCUUGUGCUGAACCAGCCUGAUCAGGAUGGAUGCACACCCUUACAUGUAGCCUGCAAAUCUGGCUCAAAGGAGAGCGUCUGGCUGCUAGCGGAAGCCGGAGCAAAGAUUGACAUACGUGACAAUGCCGGCCGUACCCCUCUAGAAACAUGCCAGCAAUUAAUCGAUGAAGUGGCCCAAAACAGUGCAGGAUCCUUCGCGAGACAACCCAACUAUCACUAUCAUCCCUACCAACAUGGAAAGUUUGGAUCUGAGCCCAAUUCUCAAACAAAUGAUGGAGGACAGAUGGUGGAAAUUACGCAUUUUCUUGGACAAGCCGUGGGCCAAGCGCCCCCACUGAGAGGAGAUUAUAUGCCUGACCCCAAGAAACAUGUCCGUUAUCGUGAAUGUCUGUACACCGAGAUUAUCAGGAAGGGUGACUAUGGAGUGUUCCAGAGAUUCAUCGAACAAGGAAUGGACUUUGCCCCUAUCAAGGAUAGAAGCACACUUGACCCCCUCACUCUUGUUGCAGAUGGUGGGUAUACUUUCUUGUUCGACAUGGUCGCUCAGUCAUUCCCGGACAAGUCCUGGCUCAUGGGGAACAAGGUUGCGCCGCCCUACUUUUUGACCGCUGUGAUGACCACAGAGCCUAACAUGCCAAUCAUCCGGCUACUUGUGGAAAAGUUUGGAGCUGAUGUGAACGUGACAAAGAGCGGCAGCACUACUAUCUGGGAUGGAGAGUGCGGGAACUGUGAAUUCGGUGCCCUGCAUAUUAUUGCCCGAGGCUAUGUCUGGUGGCAUAAAGAAGUCCUAAAGUACUUGCUGGAGAAGGGCGCCGACCCCAAUCUGACCGAUGAGAGUGGCCUUUCCCCGUUAGAUGAGAAGAUCGAAGAUCCCGAGGUAGUUGAUCUCCUUGUUCGCUAUGGAGGGAAGCCAAAUCGCCCCGAUCGCUCUCGUGCCCUCUGCAAGGCUAUAGAAGACCGGAAUCUUCAGGCUGUGCGGGAUAUUUUGGACUUUGGACAAGAUCCCAACUUUCGACUUCCGGAACAGACUCAACCAUCUGAUCCGUCGUUUGGAAUAGGGGCCCCAGAGAAAACAUCGCGAGGUCACUCCAAGAGAAGUCCCAGAUAUUCCGGAAUUCGAGAAGGAUACCCCCUGGAGCUCGCCGCAGCCGGCAACUUCGAUGAGGACCGUGUGCAUCGUGCUUUGCCUAUCGUCAAUCUACUGCUGGAAUAUGGUGCCGACCCUUUCAAGCAAAGCAAACGUGACGAGAAGAGAACGAUUUUGCACCAACUCCUUGUAGAGUCGGAAUACUUGACAAUCUGCGAGCCAUUCCUCAACCAGAAGGGCCUAAACCUCGAGACUCGCGAUUCUUAUGGCGAUACCUUAAUUCCUGGCAGCUUGCAAGCACCGGAAUCGGUCCAUGAAAAACUCCACGCAAUUCGUGCGCUGCAUGGCGCUCCACCAGAGAGGUGCCGAUAUCAGUGCCAUGAACGACCAAGGAGACAACGUUCUACAUAUCUUUGUGUCUCCCUCUAG